AUGUGGUCAACAAUCAGCACGUUGAUAGCGCUGCCUAUCUUGGCCCUCAUCUCCAUUCCGCUCAUUCUGUCGGCAUGGGUUACAAUCUCCUUCGCGCUCAUUGCCAUCAUACUCAGACUCUCCGUGAUUUAUGUUGAGCUUGUCUAUGGCAUCCUGGUUCAUUUCCUCUCGCUUCCCACCUCGCCAACAUCGUCACUACUGACCUUCGUUGCUUCGGAACCUCCAACCCCCGUGAGUGGUAGGUCUAGACGGAACUCUAACCAUGGAACACACCGCAAGCACGAUUCUGCGUCUUCUUGGGCUCUUGGAACUACGGUUGACGAUCAUCGUAAGAGGAAUUCAUAUGCCCGCAGCAUGAUCGAGGCCCAUCUAUCCCCAUCAACGCCUCUCCACGCCUUCCCUAUCAGUAACGAUGAGCGACGGGACUUUGAGGGUGUGGGUGGCUGGCGCUCCUAUCCGACCAAGUCACGCAGCUCUCAUGAAAAAGCAACCUGGACUUCGUCUUCGUCCAGCAUAAGUGAUGUAGAUCCAACUGUCGACGCCGACGAGCGCGCCUGGCUUUCUCUGAAUCACCGACUUGAACUUCCAUCACAGCUGAUCACCCUAAGCACAAGUACAUACGCCGGAAGUACUUUGAACAGCCCAACAGGCGACAAUGACUCUCGCAAUGGUCGUAGCUUCCACUCUCUGUUAGGAGCAGCAGAUUCUAUCAAUGACUCUGGCUCUCGACACCACCAUCGAUCGCUCACGACGUCUUCCUUGACAACCUCUGAUCGGCGCACCGGGACAGGCCUUUCUCUGGCUUCGUCCACGAGACCUGAUAACGUUACCAAUUCAAAAGGGUACAUCUCCAUGUCGUCAUCCAUACCACGACUUCCGCCUUCUUCCAUGACACCUCAGCUUUUCGCGCCGUCUCAUUCUCAGUCACGAGCUGCGCGCGGAUCACAGACCGGUGCACCUUUCACCAGCUCCUAUCUCUCCAGCUCCGGGGAACUGGGGCACAGCUUUGGGAGCAAUAGUAGUGGGAACUUUGACAGGGGCGGUGGAUACUUCUCUUUAAGAAGACCUGGAUCUUCCGGUAGCCAUGUGUCCGGGAGAGUCAGUCCCAUUGCUAGUGGAUACACGACACCUGGGGUUGGCAUUUCGACUGAAGAUCGUGAUGCUUCCCUGUGCUCGGCGCGCUUGAUGGCGCAUUAUCCAACCAGCCCUCGACAUCGCAGGCAAAGCGUUUCUGGACCUGCGAGGGGUGUUGGUGGGGAGCGUUUGGGAUAA